AUGUCUUCCUCCGCCGGUACCUCCACUCAGGGUGAACCCCUGAACGCCACUGCCCUGAACCGACAGCUCAAGGUCAUGCAGGACCGCAUCAACCAGCUGGAGGCGCAGCUCCAGGCUGGAUCCGGCGCCCCCAGAGCGAAGGCAGGAGAAGGCACCCCCAAGGAACGCAAGAGAGUUAAGUUGUCCGCGCCCAGAGAGUUCGACGGCCAGCAGGCCGCCCUCGCAGGAUUCUUGAUCCAGAUGCAGGCCUACCUUCACUUCUAUGAGGACCAGUUUGCUUCUGAAUUCGAGAAGGUAACCUACGCAGGAACUAGGCUCGUGGACAAAGCUCUCACUUGGUUCGAGCCCAUUCUCAAAGACUACUACGAAAAUGGAGACCAAGCCACGGACUUCACCAAAAAGGUCUUGAACUCCUAUGCCGACUUCACCGAGGCACUCUCCAGAGUCUUUGGAGAAAAGGAUGAGGCUCGACGCGCACAGGAACGCCUGACCCAUCUCCGACAAACCAAGAUGCACUUCGCAGCAACAUCAACGACGACGGGCUGA